AUCUGGAGCAUCUCUGCCCGGGCACCAAAGCUGCCGCCUCCGACAUCCCGCACCGACUCUCCCGGGUUUCACCGCCAGUGUCCCGUCUGCAACCGCCGAGUUGUUGUUUCGGGUCUUCCUUCGGGACCACCGCGGGGACGUGCCGACGCGUUCCGCCGGUUAAAAACACGGAAACACAAGUGCAACCCCGGAGGAGGCUUCUGGACCGGACCGUGCCAACAUCCGAGGAGAUCCAAGGCCCGAUGGAAGCUGAGACACAUCUGGAUCUGUCGCGUCUGGGAGCGGGUUCCUUCAUCCAUCUGGACUAGGCUUGUCUGCCUGGUUCCGUUUGGAUUCUGCUGUUUCACCUGCAGCAAACCAAAUUGACGAACCUGAUAGAGAGUUUGAGAGAGGCGGAUCCUCCCGGUCUGGAUUAGAGCCCAUCAGGAUCAUGAAUCACCACCCCUUUGCUUCUCUAAUCUGAGUUUUAUCGAGCUGGAUUUAAAUCUGACAUUUCGUCUGGAUUACUCUGCUUCUGGUUCGGAACGGAUCUCAUCUGACCCGGUUUGAACCUGUCUCUGGUCUCGGGUUGAGUCCUCGGUGCUGGUUUUAGAGAGGAGUGACUCUUGCCAUCAUGCCCACAUCCCGGCCCGGUUCUGAGCCAGUGGAGUUCUGGGUGGACGGGUCCAGAAGGGACGGCACCGUGGAGGAGUUCUACACGCUGAGUUCCGAACUGGGCAGAGGAGCGACGUCUAUCGUGUAUCGCUGUGAGGAGAAACAGACCCAGAAGCCAUACGCUGUCAAAGUGCUGAAGAAAACGAUCGACAAGAAAAUAGUCCGCACUGAAAUUGGUGUCCUGCUGCGUCUGUCCCACCCGAACAUUAUCCAGCUUAAGGAGAUUUUUGAGACAGACACGGAUAUCGCUCUGGUGCUGGAGCUGGUGACUGGUGGAGAGCUGUUCGAUAGGAUCGUGGAGCGCGGGUACUACAGCGAGAGAGAUGCUGCUCACGUCAUCAAACAGAUCCUGGAGGCUGUCGCGUAUCUGCAUGAGAACGGAGUGGUGCAUCGCGACCUCAAACCUGAGAACCUGCUGUACGCCGACCUGUCUCUGGACGCGCCUCUCAAGAUUGCCGACUUUGGUCUCUCAAAAAUCAUCGACGACCAGGUCACAAUGAAGACAGUCUGUGGAACCCCGGGUUACUGUGCUCCGGAGAUACUGAGGGGAAAUGCCUACGGCCCUGAAGUGGACAUGUGGUCAGUGGGCGUCAUCCUCUACAUUCUCCUGUGUGGGUUCGAGCCCUUCUUUGACCCGCGGGGCGACCAGUACAUGUACAGUCGCAUCCUCAACUGUGACUAUGAGUUCGUGUCUCCAUGGUGGGACGAGGUCUCCCGCAACGCCAAGGAUCUGGUCAGCAAGCUGAUCGUCCUGGACCCUCGCAAGCGCCUGAGCGUGCGGGAGGCUCUGCAGCACCCCUGGGUGCUGGGCAAGGCUGCCCGCUUCUCUCACAUGGACACCACACAGAGGAAACUGCAGGAGUUCAAUGCACGACGCAAACUCAAGGCGGCCAUGAAGGCCGUCGUGGCCACCAGUCGGAUGCACGAGGGUUCGCGGCGCCGCACAGACAGUUGCGACAUGCCUGGCUCAGGGACGUCCAGGCAGAGCAGCAUGCAGCAGGACCCGCCACCUGAUUCUCCAGGGCCCACCACCGCAGACAAAGAGGCUUCACCGGUGGAUCCCGAGAACACGGUGGAAGAAAAAGAAGCUAAGCCCAAGGACCCCAGUGUCACCUCCAGCUCGCCCCCGCGUAGUCCCAAACCACCUGCUGCAGAUGGCACAGGCUCUGCCCCCGUCAGACCACCAUUGCGGGCAGACGGCCUUCGGCAAGCGUCCGUCAUCCCCAAGAGCAUGCUAGUCCAGCCGCGGCUGCAGCACAAGAGCUGCUCCGCCAUGGAGACCAGCUCCAGAGCGGAAGUCCCUGCCUCCUUGGCAUCGCCCCCCAGUCCCAACAGCCUCAGCAAUGGUUUCAUUCCGGUAAAGGAGCCCAGCAGCAAGACAGCGCCCUGUCAAUGAUCACAUGACUCUGAAGAGAAGCUCCAAACUGCCACAAAGAGCACGAGUUCAGCCUACUGAUUGAUUCUCCGGACCAGAUCUCAUCAAAGGUUCCUCCUCAAACGAAUCCAAAACUUCCAGUUCAGUACCUCUGCUAAUGCUCUGCACUCUGGCAAUGCGGUCAGCCUUUCAGUAUUUUUGGGUUGAUAGCCGCUCCCGGUCAAAGUUUCCAACAUUCUGAAGUUUAUCACCGAGGUUUGAUUUUGAAGAUUGUAGACAUUUGAGGCUCUCACUACUGAGGUGGUGAGGACCGACUAACUUUAGCUUUAGUGUCGCUCCCAAGCCCCCACGUCUAAUCCAUAGGUUAACAGGGUUCGAGUUCACUCAGGUUUUGGGUUGAGAUUGAAAAUUGUAUUACAUCGUGUGAGGAAAAUACUUUUUCAUUGCUGAACAUAAUUGAAUGCAUUAUUUAUAAUCUUGAAUUUAGUUUUUAUGGCACCUUUUUUCUUGUUUUGAAAAUAUUUCUUAUUUUGAUGUUUUUUCAUCUCACAGAGUUUUCGGUUUGAAUGUCAAGGUAGCAGUGCUAGCAGGUGUUUGACACAUGUGAAAAUGUUGACAGACAGAUUUAUUACAUUUAACUCAUUCAUUCACUGUCCUCCACUCUUUCCCUCUAUGGGGAAGUGGUCGUGUUGUAUGGCAACCACAUAACUCAAGAUUGAGUCAGGACCAAGAUCAAUAAGGGGGCGAGACAAAGACCUAGACCAAGACUGAAUACAGAAUAAAAUACUAGUUUUUUCCAAUGAUAUCAUCUCAGUUCUUGAUUUAUUUUGAAAAAAAUAUAUACUACAGUUUCUUUUACAGUAAGAAAUAAAUGUUUGUCUACAUGACUGAAAGACUUAUGCUUCUGUAUUCCGCAUUCGAUUUGGCCUCGGUCUUGGUCUUGGCCUUCGCCUUGACUCAGUCCCAGGUUAGGUGGUUUGGACUGCAACACUAGGACGCAGUGGGCUGAAGUCUGUCCCAUCCACGAUAUGCCCUUAGAUAGAAAGUUCCUUUAAAUACAAUCUAACACUUUUUGUCAAUGUAUGUUUUCUUUAAUGUUAACUUUUCAUCAAGUAUGAAUGUUUUUCUUUUUGACAAUUUUUAUUCCUUAUUUAAGAUUUUUUAGGCUUUACUUAUUUCACUCAAGAUCUGUUUUCAUGUAGAUUUGGACAGCUUUUAAUUUCCACUUUUAGUUUUCAAAACUCGUAAAAUGUUUCUUUUUGUAGCUUUUUUCUUGUUUAUUUUUUAUUUUUUGUCAUUUCUUGCUAGUCUCGUGCCUCAUGUGGCGCUGUUCGCCAAGUUAUGUGAGCAUAGCAUUCCCCGCUUCAUCUGCUACCUAAAAACCUUUUGGUUCCACUCCUCCAUGAUUACUUGACUCACAGGCCUCAGACAAACCAGGUGAUAAAGUAUUCUGAAGUGAAGUGAAGUGAGUCCCCUUGUUUUUAACAGUCAUAAACCAGUCAGAGAGACGAAUCUCUCUCUCUCUCUCUCUCUCUCUCUCUCUAUAUAUAUAUAUAUAUAUAUAUAUAUAUAUAUAUAC